AUGCCGCGUGAAGUGAUAUCUAUUCAAGUUGGCCAAUGUGGUAAUCAACUUGGCCUUAAGUGGUGGGAUGUCAUGUUGCAGGAAUAUAAGGCGAAUUCACAAUUUACAGAUGCCAGAGAUGCAUUAUUUGAUGUUCAACCCUCUACAGACAAUAUAGGAGGUGAUGGGCAUAAAAAAAAUUCUCUCAAGGCUCGUUGUGUUGCUAUUGAUAUGGAAGAAGGUGUUCUUCGUUCGAUGUUGCGUGGACCUUUACAUGAUCUCUUUGAUGCCAACUUCUUCGUUUCCGAUGUGAGUGGAGCGGGUAAUAACUGGGCAGUAGGGCAUAUGGAAUAUGGAGAUCGUUAUAUUGAUAGUAUUGCCGAUACUGUACGGCAACAAGUAGAAAGAUGUGAAAGUGUACAAUCUUUUAUUCUUAUGCAUUCAUUAAGUGGAGGGACUGGCUCUGGUCUCGGCACUCGAGUAUUGGGAAUGUUAGAAGAUGACUUUCCACAUGUUGUCCGUCUCUGUCCAGUCGUUGUUCCUGGAAAUGUAGAUGAUGUUGUGACAGCUCCAUAUAAUACCGCCUUUGCAUUGAGAGAAUUAGCCGAACACGCCGAUAUUGUUCUUCCACUCGAUAAUGAUGCCCUCGCACGAAUGGCUGAUGCCGCUCUCGGCCGUCACUCAACAAUAACAACAACUUCUUCUAAUAAUAAUACUAAUACUACUAUCAAUACUUCACCAUUACCCACAGGGGCUGUGCCUCGUUAUAGUGUGGCCCAGCCAACGCGUACGGCCCUGCCGUAUGAUUCGAUGAAUGCACUGGUAGCACAGAUGUUAAGUAAUCUCACCUGUGCGAUGCGAUUUCCCGGUACACUUAAUAUGGAUGUGAAUGAACUCGCCACAAAUCUUGUACCUUUUCCACGAUUGGUAUUUGUUACAUCGGCAUUAGCCCCACUUUGUGUGGCUAGACAUAGUCAUACAACUGGACCACGUGCGGUGGAUGCCAUGUUCUCUGCUUGUUUAGAUAGACAACAUCAAUUUAUGGAUGUGGCUCAUGGUGAAAUUACAUCUGCACUCACACGGGAUGCGGGUGCCUCUUUAGCCACUGCCGUCAUUGCACGUGGACCACAGAUAACGGUAGGCGAUUUAGCACGAAAUAUUCCACGUUUGCGGGAACGAAUGCGACCAGUAUACUGGAAUGAGGAUGGAUUUAAAACAGCAUUAUGUGGAGUAAGUCCACUUGGACAUCCACAGUCAUUAUUGAUGUUAUCUAAUCAUUGUUCUGUGGCACAUAAGUUAGAUAUGUUACUGCAGCGUUUUAUACGACUUUACAGUGUUCGUUCACAUGUACAUCACUAUGAACCUUAUCUUGAAAUGACGUACUUUGACUCCACAGAGGAAGUACUGUCUACAAUUGUGGAUGAUUAUAAGUUUCUGAAUACGGUUGAACCUCCAGCAAACACACCACGAAGUAUGCGGGAUCUAGUCUAUUACUAG